CGCAAGGUGCAGCGCAUUGCUGCAUAUGCACAACUCGAAGCAAUCAACAACCAGUUGAAACAUUUGUCAGAUGGGAAAAUGAUCAUCGCCAGCUUUGACUUUGGAAAGAGUGGCCUUGUCAAGGCUAUGCAACCUUUGACGCCGAGCCAGCUGAGAGUUGUGACCAGGGAUAACAACUCAGCCAUAGAAAACGUGUUUGUGCAAAACAAAGUCACUGGUGACUCCGUGAAAAUCGAUCUUACUGGUAUCGACGAUCUUCGGGUUUUGACGCUGGGCAUGGACAAAGGAACCAGUGGCAUGGCAAUUGCUUCAUUCCUGAGUGGCACCAACACCGAGUCCUGCCAUACCGUUAGCUUCUCUUGGGACCCUUACCGCAGAUGUGCCCGUGACAUGAAACUUUCAAUGAACAUGAAAGUUCUGUGCCACAUUGACCAGAGAAGCCGUGUCAAAACCAACUUGCAGCGGGCUCAGUUGGCAUCAUCCUCAUUUUUGUGGAGUAUCAACUACACGCCUUUUGGAAGCGCCGGCUUUUCUCAGAGUAAGAUGGAGCUGCUUGAAGGGUUCCUGGCCCUACAAGAUGAGGAGUGCUGGUCGGGUGGGCGUAGGUCUCCUUGUUGUUCCGACCAAUUGGAAGAAUGGUGGAGUUUGAGGAUGCUCUUGGAGCAUGAGUUUCCACAUGAGCCAUCUGUUGACAAAUCUGACAAGUCUUGGGCUAGGCUGCGGAGCGAAAGCGGUGGUAUCAAGCUUGCUCUUCAUUGUUUGUCUUGGACCUUGGAGGACAUGGCUUUCGGUGAACGUUCUUUGGCUUGGAGGGAGGCCAUUGUGGAGCUGGGUUUGGCACGAACCAUAUCACUGGCCCAGGGCUGGCUUGGUGACAAACAGUUCAAAUAUCUGAUUCUCGUCUUGUCGACGACCAACUUUUCAAAGAUUGGUUUUUAUCUGGAGAUGGCCAGCAGCUUGAGCAAAAUGAACUUGCCACCAGACGUCUAUGCUGGCUUGCUUUCAGACAAUGAAGAUGUUGCCCAGCCGUCAUUGGAUCUUUUGCUUUCUGAUUGGAAAAGUCUGGUCAUUAUCGAGCAAACCCAAUGUAACCAAACACUGGCUGGUGACAUGAGAGUGUCAGUUCCUCUAGUGAUGCGCUUGGUUUUUCAGCUGAGUGAACGAGGCGAUCAUGUCAGGGCCAAAAAACUCCUCAGAUCGCUUGUCCAUGUGCUUCCGGACACCAAACUCAUUGAGGAUAUACAUGGGCGGGUGAGAAAUGACGCCCGGAUGAACAUCAACAAAAAACAGAGCAACUUCCAGAUCCAACAAGUCAUCAAUGGCAGUGCUGCACUGGAAAGUCGAGGUGUAGACCAUCCUGCUGCCCUCAACAAGGAUGUGUUUAGACGCCAGUGGAAAAGGACAAAUGGCAAAGGCAAGGCAAAAGCUUGCUUCAUCCCCAGAUCCUCCAAGCUUCCGAAGGUCUACAGCCAGCUGCUUGGCCCGAUGAGGUGGGGCACAGUCAGCGAGGAGUCCCUCCACAGGUCUGCUGCUGCUUGGCAGCUGGAUGCUCGGCUAGCUGUGAUCUUGCGGCCUGGAAUGGUUUUCCGCCGGUGUAUGAACCUCACUGCUGGUGGAGACAGUGACGACAAUGACGACAAUGACUCGAUCUUGCUUUGUGUUGCAAACUUGGAUUGGGCAGUUCUGGCUUGGCUGUUGGUUGGUCGGGAUGAUGGAAAAUUGCAGCUUGAUGUCAAUGGACAGCUGGAGUGGCAUUUUGUGUUCCGACUGGAUCAGUGGGAAGCUGGCCUUGCGGAGCCACUACUUGAUUCGGAGCAAAUUGUCAUAAAAGAGGCUGACUUUCAACCUGUGGUGAUGUGCUGUCUUGGCUGCUACUCGUCAGGCCUUGUCUUCCGUGAGCUGGUGACAGUGGCUACAUUCCUUGGGAUCAAGAAACCAACGUCAAUGUCAAGAAAUGACCUGCUCCGUACAAUAGCACUUAGUGCAUCUGGUGGCAAUGCAGACUUUGCUGAGUCAGUGGUUGCCAACGAAAAAAGAGGCAGAAGCGAAAGCAAGACAUUGAGGAGCAGGGCGCGCAAGAUGAGGAGUUUGCUGAAAUUUUGCUUGAAAACAUGGACAAGGAAGAUGCCGUUGAAUUCCAAAAGGACAUGA